AAAGCAGCACCGGCAAAUCGGCAGUGGGGAUAUACCAAUAAACCAGUGAAACUGUAGAAUAGUGUCGACAUUUUGGGUGUCCCUCCGAACCCCGUCUCGCAAUAAAAUGUUCCUUCACAAAGUCUACUGCCGCUUCUCUCUCAUCUAUCCCACGCUGUGCCCCCCUCCUCCUCCUCCUCCUCCUCUCCGCUCCCUCCCCCACGGUGGCGGCCUCUUCUGCUCUCCUCCUCUGCGUGUCCCUAAUUCGCUUCGAUUCCGUCGCGUGAGGCACAUGAGGUCCCACGUGGCUUCCUCCGCCCCCUCCCGGUUCGCCAGGCUGGUCCCCUUCGCAUCCGCUGCCGAGAGUGGCGUCGCGGACCCGAACGGAUCUCCGGCCCCCACUUCUCUGCCCCUAGAAGAUGAAGAAAGUUUGUCACUUGGGGGGUAUAGGCUUCCUCCAAAGGAAAUUCGAGAUAUUGUUGAUGCACCACCCCUUCCUGUAUUGUCAUUUUCACCACACAGGGAUAAGAUACUCUUUCUGAAACGAAGAUCUCUGCCACCGCUUUCAGAGCUUGCUCGCCCUGAGGAAAAGCUUGCUGGUAUACGAAUUGAUGGUAACUAUAAUGCCCGGAGUCGAAUGUCCUUCUAUACGGGGAUUGGGAUUCAUUCCUUAACUGAUGAUGGUAAGCUAGGACCUGAACAAGAAGUGCACGGAUUCCCUGAUGGAGCUAAGAUUAAUUUUGUUAGCUGGUCACGAGAUGGUCGGCAUUUAUCAUUCAGCAUUCGAGUUGAUGAGGAGGAAAACAAUAGUAGCAAGCUUAGAGUUUGGGUCGCAGAUGUAGAAUCUGGAAAAGCUAGACCACUGUUCCAAUCGCCUGAUAUAUUCUUGAACGCAGUUUUUGACAAUUUUGUCUGGGUGAACGAUUCCAUGUUGUUAGUUUGCACUAUCCCUAUUUCUCGUGGAGCCCCUCCAAAGAAACCAUUGGUCCCAUCUGGCCCAAAAGUUCAAUCAAAUGAGCAGAAAAAUGUUGUUCAAGUUAGGACCUUCCAGGAUCUACUGAAGGACGAAUAUGAUGAAGAUUUAUUUGACUACUAUUCCACAUCACAGCUAGUACUGGUAUCUUUGGAUGGGACAAUGAAGACUGUUGGGCCACCUGCUGUAUAUACAUCUAUUGAUCCUUCACCAGAUGACAAGUACAUAUUGGUUACUUCUAUUCAUCGACCGUACUCCUACAUUGUACCCUGUGGAAGAUUCCCAAAGAAAGUUGAAUUGUGGACAACAACUGGGAAGUUUGUCAGAGAAAUAUGUGACUUGCCUUUGGCUGAAGAUAUUCCUAUUGCAUUCAAUAGCGUACGCAGAGGAAAGCGUUCGAUCAAUUGGAGAUCUGACAAACCUUCAACUCUAUAUUGGGUGGAGACACAAGAUGGAGGAGAUGCAAAGACGGAAGUUUCUCCACGUGAUAUUGUUUACAUGGAGUCUGCUGAACCUAUAAACGGUGAACAGCCUGAGGUUUUACAUAAACUUGAUCUUCGAUAUGGAGGUAUCUCUUGGUGUGAUGAUACCCUUGCUUUAGUGUAUGAAUCAUGGUAUAAAACACGACGAACUAGGACAUGGGUCAUCGCUCCAGACAGUAAAAAUGUUAAUCCACGAAUACUAUUUGAUAGAUCAUCAGAAGAUGCAUAUUCUGAUCCAGGCUCUCCAAUGAUGCGGCGAACACAAGCUGGUACCUAUGUCAUUGCCAAAAUUAAAAAGCAAGAUGAGGGAACUUACAUUUUACUGAAUGGAAGAGGUGCGACACCAGAAGGAAACAUUCCAUUCCUUGAUUUGUUUGACGUAAAUACAGGAGUUAAAGAGAGGAUAUGGGAAAGUGACAAGGAAAAAUAUUAUGAAACUGUUGUUGCAUUAAUGUCAGAUUACACUGAUGGUGAAUUGCCCAUUGAUCAAUUAAGAAUACUUACUUCAAAGGAAUCGAAAACGGAAAAUACUCAAUAUUUUCUACAGGCUUGGCCAGAUAAAAAGUCAUUUCAGAUUACAAAUUUCCCCCAUCCUUAUCCUCAGUUGGCGUCCUUACAGAAAGAGAUGAUCAGAUACCAGAGGAAGGAUGGUGUUCAACUAACUGCAACACUUUACUUGCCUCCUGGUUACAGUCCUACUAAAGAAGGACCUCUGCCAUGCCUAGUCUGGUCUUAUCCUGGAGAGUUUAAAAGCAAAGAUGCUGCCGGUCAAGUUCGUGGUUCUCCCAAUGAGUUUGCAGGAAUAGGUCCUACAUCACCACUUCUCUGGUUGGCUAGAGGAUUUGCAAUUCUCUCUGGCCCAACAAUCCCAAUUAUUGGUGAAGGUGAUGAAGAGGCAAAUGACCGGUAUGUAGAACAGCUGGUUGCUAGUUCGGAGGCUGCAGUUGAGGAAGUCAUACGAAGAGGGGUCGCUCAUCCAAAUAAAAUUGCUGUUGGUGGUCACUCUUAUGGGGCUUUCAUGACAGCUAAUCUAUUAGCUCAUGCACCCCAUCUUUUUUGUUGUGGCAUUUCUCGUUCUGGAGCAUACAAUAGGACUCUAACUCCUUUUGGCUUUCAGAACGAAGAUAGAACACUUUGGGAGGCCACUAAUACUUAUAUUGAGAUGAGUCCUUUCAUGUCUGCAAAUAAAAUAAAGAAACCAAUUCUAUUAAUACAUGGGGAAGAAGACAACAACUCAGGAACAUUGACGAUGCAGUCCGAUCGUUUUUUCAAUGCUUUGAAGGGACAUGGAGCACUCUGCCGUUUGGUUAUUCUUCCCUUUGAAAGUCAUGGUUAUUCUGCUAGAGAGAGUAUCAUGCAUGUCCUAUGGGAGACUGAUAUGUGGCUGCAGAAAUACUGUGUAGAAAGUUCUGAUCAAUCUUCAGAUCUUUAUUCAUCCAGUGGUGAAUCUCCAAAUUCUUCUGAAAAUAAGGCCAUCUCAGCUACUGGAUCUGUGCCUGACCAUGAAAGUACACAAGAGGAUGGGUUUUAUUUUACACCAAGGUCUCUAUUGUGAUAAAGCUGCUGCAUUCCACAUCUUCCAUCCAUCCAGUGCUACACCAACAACAGAUCUGCUACAAUAAGGUUGUGGCCACACUGAAUGAGUUUGAGAUUCUUUCCAAAGCUGCCUACUUCACUAAUUGCUUUGGCUGCUGCAGUUCCUUUACCAACCAACAUUUGUAAUCUAUCCCAUCUCUGCUGAAUGUAUUCUGUGGUAGAAAUUGUUUCAUGACUGUCUCUUGUCACCCUAUUUUUUCAAGCAUUUGCAAUUAAUCUCA